GCAUGGGUUCAGUCGGGGUUUAUUGAUUGCACGAAUAGGUACGGAACUGUAGUCUUCUGGCAGAGCAGAAUUUAUAUCUUUCAGAAUUCAUUGCUACGCGUACGCAGUAUACUGGAAUUAUGGAUUAUCAUCUUUGAAAGGCAAAGGGAAGAACUAAUACAUAUUUUUAUACUGAAAAGUUGAACAGAAAUGCAAAAUGGGAUGGUAUGGUACCAAGCAUCUGAUUCUGCAGGUGCUCCUUCUUUGCACAGGACAAAUAAAGUAUCUACAGGUGGUAUAGAUCAACAUAAUGGUGGACCUGUCUCCCAGCAUCCUGUGUCAUCUGGCCAAAUGUCUGGAACUUUGCAAAGUAAGGAGGAUUUUGCACAGGAUAGCAGCAUGCUGCUCUUCAAGGUUAACUCUUCUCCGCAUUUUCAACAUUUGAUGUAUGUCGAUACAAAAAGAAACUCUAACCCUGGAAGACACCAGUUGCCUGUACAGUGCAUUAAUAUAAACCCUUCUCAAUCUGACAAUCGUAUACAGUCCAAACAGUCUUUUCUUAAAGGAGCAACCAAAAAAAAGCCAGUGCUCAUAGAUGGGAAUUCACAGAUCCAACAUUCCGCUUUUCUUGAACAAUAUGCUAAUCAUUCAAUUCAGAAUUCUGCAUAUCUACCACCUCCGUACAAUGUAAACAAUGCUCGCUAUUCUGCAAAUUUAAAUUCUAGAAAUGACAAUCCUACAGUAUUUUCAUCAUCUCUGGAAAGAAAUGAUUGUUACAGCUCAAAUGAUAAUUCCUCCAGCAUAAAUGCAUCUCAGGCCUUUUCAAUGGCAUCAGGUAUUCAUGCAUCAAACAGACCCGUUUCAGUUUCACACACAUUUUCCCAAAAACAUAAUUUGCUACGAAACAUGAACAAGAUGGUCAAUGGUCAUUUGCACUCAAAUGGACAAAUAAGCCGAAAUGUUCCCAUAAGUGCAGUUGAGAAUGAAAUGUCUCAGAGUUGCAGAUCUGAUCAAAGUUCUUCAUCCUUUAUGGAUGCAAACCACAGCAGAAAACUGCUACCAGCCCAGGAUGCUAGUAGUUAUAACCACAAUGGAAUUAAUAACCAUCAGACUGCACAAAGUCGCGUACUUUCACAAGACGGCCCCUCUGUUUUACCUGAGUAUUUGAGGCACCAUUUGACAAACUGCAUCCCCUUCGUGUUGUCAGAUGCAAGUGUUAGGAACCAUAAUGAAGAUGCCCUGCGGAAAUGCUUGGGAAAUUCUACCUCUGGAUUAUCCUAUGUAGAAGACCACCAAGGCUACUUUGUAAAGCCAACAAGUGUAUCAAAUUUAAAAUGCCAAAGUGUUUCAACUCUUUCCAAAACUUCCCAAAUGACACAAAAUUCUUCUCCAGUAUGUCAGAACAUUUCUUCUAUGCAGCCAGUUCCCCAGAUGCUCCAGAAUCCUGCUACACAUCAGAGCAUUUCUUCCAUACACCCAAAUUCACAAAAGGCUCAGAUUUCUUCUACAGCACUCCAGAACAUUUCUGCUCUGCAGCCAAUUCUGCAAAUGCUCCAAAGUCCUACUGUAGCACACCAAAACAUUUCUAUGCAGCCAAAUCACCAGAUGUCCCAAAAUUCUAUUGCAGCAUACCCAAGCAUUUCAUCUACUGUUCAGGCUACCCAGAAGGUUCAGAUUCCUUCUGCGACACUCCAGAACAUUUCUUCUUUGCAGCCAAUCCCCAAAAUGCUCCAACGUCCUUCUGUAGCAAACCAAAACAUUUCUAUUCAGCCAAAUCCCCAGAUGUCCCAAAAUUCUACUACAGCAUACCCAAACAUUUCAUCUACUGUUCAGACAACUCGGAUGCCCCAAAAUUCUGUUUCCAAGAUGCCCCCAAGCCUUUCUGCUGCUUUUCCGUCAAGACCAGCUUUUAUAAAACAAAGCAUAAUGGAGCAGCAGACUUCUUAUUCACACCAGAAAGCAUUAUUAAAUAGUAACAAGAAUGCCUGUAGUGGUGAAACCAGUCAGAAUUCAAGCACUACCUUUGAUGAGAUAUUGUCUUAUCUAGCCAGUGACAUUAAUCAAAUGAAUCUGAUAAAUCAAAACAAAAAUAAAGUAACUGAAAAUGACCCAACUGUCAACAGUUUAAGACCAUCUAAAGGUGUUUCUGUCUCAGUGGCAAAAGGGCAAGUUUCAUCUGAAAUGUCCCAGCAUCUAAAUGCUCCCCAGCACACAAUAACCGAAACACCUCUUAAGUCUCCUCCACCAUAUUCUAAAGCCCAAGAGCAUGCCUUUCUUGUUACAGUAAAAAAAGAUGCCCAGGGAGAGGGAUUUUCUGCUCAGAAUGUAAUUUUAAUUGGAAAAUCCCCCUUCUCUGAAGUGAACAAUGUACUUUUAAGUUCUGCCAAACAACAAGCAGAUGUUGAAAAAACAAUUCAAGAUACAAGUAAUUCUGCUGCUCCUUUGCCUAGAUCUCAAGAUUCUGAGCGUAUGACUCAUACACAGCACAUUGGCAACAGUACAGCUUCACUGGUUCAGCAAACAGAAUUGUCCAAACAGUUAAAAAGGGCCAUCCCCGAAAGCAGUCAGUCAAUACAUUUGGUCCCAUCACCAUCUCAUUCAGCAAAGUCAGUAGCAGAGUCAAAUAAUGGCGCAUCUGUGGAGAUGGUGGAAGAUGCUUUUAAAAAAUGCAGUAUGGAAACCAUUCAUGGUCCAAAAAAAACACAGUAUUCAGAUCAUGUAGUUUUGAGGGAAGAGUUAAGAAGAGAAGUGAUUAAACAUCUCGGGGGCAUAAUUUUAAAAACGCCUGCAACUACACAAAAUCUUCCUGUUUUACAGAAAGAGGGCAGUCAAAGUGAAGAGACUGUUGACUCCGAUAACCUGUCCAAAAAAAUCACAAGUUCUGGACCGUCGCUCUCUGUAGAUGGUAAGACCUCCAACCGUGGAUUACUUGCCAAACUCUUAGGUCCUGGUUUGUCACGUGCUAAUGAACCACAGGUCGCCAUCGUUCCUCCAAUAACGCAAAAACCAGCUGAAGCAGAAAAUGAAGUCUUUUCAAAUGUAAAUGACGAAGUUCCAUUUAAAAUUAUAAAUGUAUGUUCCUUAGUGGAAAUGCCUUCAGAUUCACCAGAGAGUCUAGAGCUACAAAAGUUUUCAACCUCGGAGACAAAUGAGGUAGAAGCACUGAGACAAAAUUCUAAUUCUGAGUGCAUAAUAAUUGAUGAAACUGUUGAGGUGAUCACCCCAUCUGCUGAACAAGAUAGUGAUGUUAUUUUUGUUCGGUGUACUAGUCGGAAAGAUGACAUUGAAAAGGACAUUUUGAUUGCUGAUGUUUCUGAGACCCCUACUGCAUUAAAUUGUGGAGCAAUAAAAUACCCCAUUGACAAGGAAAUCUCACAUUUCACAUCUACAGAACAAGAGAGUGAGUCUGUUCCUGUAAUCUGCCACAAAGCACAAGAUGAUAAUCUUUGUGAAGAAACCCAGACCUGCCAAGAUGUUUCCAUGGAGAAAAACAUCACAAUGGAAGCAAACUAUGAAGGUACUUUAUGUGUUUCUAGUUCAGUGCCAAACCAGACCACACAAGAGGACUGCAAAGAGACGACAACCCUUUCAGAAGAUGAGAUUAAAACUGUUGAUUUUGACUUGUCUUCUGUACCGUGUAUUACUUGGACACUUCCAGAAUUAAUUGUAUUAAUGGAUAGUCUUCCAAUCCUUGAAGACAUGGGGUCCAUGUCCUGUGUUGACCGUUUAAUUAAUGAGUUUUGGAAUGGGGAUAUGGAAGAUUUUACUGCAGAAUUUCAUAAAGCAAAUACAAUGAUAAAAGUCUUUUGGAGCUUUUGGAAUGUUGAUUCAUCUACUGAAAUUCGGACCAUACGUGAUGGUGUGCUUUCUGAGGUGAAACCAGAUGAAUUUUCCAAAGUAGCCAAGCAUUGCAAAGUACUUGGUGAUGAAAUAAUGGCAGCCGAGGACAUAAAUUAUAAAUCUUCUUGGCUAAAUCUAAAUGAACAAGUUGAUGAUAUUGACAAAGAAUUUGGAUAUCCUCCAUGUGUAAGUUCACAAAUUUACAAUUGUGUAACCAAGAUGUCAGAGUCUUCACCAAGCAUAAAUCAGAGUGAUGGGGGUUCAAAUAUGCAACUUGUUGCUAUAGAGUCUCCACCAUUGGUGACUGAAAAAGAUGAGGGAUCACCAGCUAUUCCUGAAAAAACUGGAGACAUUCAUGAUGAUCCCCUGUCUAAAGUCCAGGUCAAGGUUUUGAAUCACGAAGAUGCAAAGAAAUUGCUGGAUGAAAUCUGCUCUAAGGAACAGCUGCUGAAAAAGGUAGAGUCUGCCACUGAAAACUCAAAAGCUGCUUCAGAAACCAGAAUUGAAACAGUUUGCUGUGGUCCUUGUUGGGUCCGUGGAAUACAUAACAAUGCAGCAAAUUCUACCUGUUCUUCACAAUGUAGCAAAACAAGCACACAGAGAGAGAUGGGGCACUAUAUCAACACAGAACUUGUUAUGGAAGAUGAGUCAUCUAGAAUAGUCAUUGAAAGUGUUCCUGUUGUAAGCCCAAGUGAAAACAUUUCACAGUCUGAACGUGAAAAUAUAUUGAAGCCGGAUAUUAAUUCUGUUGGAAACGGAGAUAAGGAAAAAGCACAAGAGCCACAAUUGUUACCCAAUGCAUCGCGAGUGGUAUCAACUAUUAAAAGAGAUGAAAAAAUAAAGCUUGUAGACAUUAAGAAAAGUUGUAAACAAAUCGCUGGUAGUAAAUAUGAAAUGUCUCAUAGCAAAGAGCAGCCUCCUCCACAAAAAAGAUCACGUCUUUCAGAUGUGGAUUAUCAGGAUGAAGGUAAAAGGGCAUCCAAAAAAAUAAGAAAAGAAGAUAACCUUAAACAAGAGAACCCCAAAAUGGAAUAUACAAGAGAUGCCAAAUACAAGCAAGACCCUUCCUUAAAAAAAGGGCUUUGCCUUGACCCUAAGAAAAAUGGAGAUGGUCAGUUAAAUUCAGUCACCUUGCAAUGUACAUUUCCACAAGAGCAUGACACUUCUAAAGGGGUUCCUUCCAAAAGCCCCACAUCCAAGCAAAAGUCUGACUCUAGCACAGGAAUUAAAAACCUUUCUGUGAAGCUUGUGUUAUAUGGUUCAGAUUCUCCCAGAAAACAUGUUUGUGGACUUUCUAGCAAGCAAUCUUCAAGUGAACAUGACCACAGUCCUAAAUUCAAGUAUCACAGGCCUUCUAGAAUACGAACACUUCCACCUAAAGAAAUUAAUUUAACAUUGAAGGAAAGAAAUGAUGAUGCUUCAGGUUGUGAUAAAAACCAGCAUGGUGCUGAAGUGCAUGAAGUAAGAAAGAAGGGGAGUGGGCAUAGUGAAGCCACACACCACCUUAAAAAUUCCAUUCAAAAUUCUGUUAAAUCCAGAACAGAAGACUUGAAGAAACAUGCACAAAAUAAUGCAUCCGAGUACCAUCAUGUUUCUCACAUAAAUGCAAGCCACCCUAGAAAUGUUUACACUCAAAACUCUGGACAAGAGGAGAAAGCAAACCACUUGUCUUCAAGUUCUUCUCAUCAUAAAUUGGCCACAACUAAUGCAAACCUGACACAAGAGAAUUAUUCCAAGCAUUUUAAUGAAAAAAGCAAAUCGAAAAGAAAAUCUAAACAUUAUAAAAGUUUGGAACCGAGUGGUCAAAAGUCAAAUGAAACUGUUGCUGUAAAGAAUGAUCACAAAAGUAGUAAACAUGUUAAACGAAACAAAGGAGAAUUUAUUCAGCCCAUUAGGAAGAGAAAGCUUAUUCAUCCAGAAAUUAAAUUCAAACUUGGGACUAAAUUAGAUAGCAUAAAAACUGCAAAUGGAAGUCAAAAAAUUCCCAAGCUGGCAUCUUCUCAGGAGGAGGUGAAUCCACUGCAAUUCAAGCUGUAUCCCAAGUUGUUCAGCAAGGAUUUGGACUUCACAAAGGAAAAGACAGAAGUAGUAGAGGUGUCUAAAAAAAAGAAAGCCAGUGUUUCACAGAAGUCCCCAGCACCCCAAUGCUCUGUCCAGAGCAAUUGGAAAAAUAAAGUUCAGACCAGCAGUAUUAAAAGACCGUCUUCAUCCAAGCCUGAAGAAAAAUCCCACACUGAUGAUACGUUUCAGGAGUUCAAGAAGAAGUAUCUUCAGAAAGAAGGAAAACUGAAAAGUUUAAAGUGAUUUAAAAAUUUAAACUCUCUCUUACUUUACAAAACCACAUGCUGACCACUGCAGUUGCAAUGUAUUUUUUUUUUCCUGUUUGCGUUUUUUACAUAUUGUGUGUCUGCCAUGCAAGUUUAAUAUUUUGCCAGAUAUUUCCACUUAUAUUAUAAAAAAUGCUCUUUAUCUCGUUAAUGUAGCUAAAGGGUGCAAUUCCUAAACAUCACCCUUUGUGGUCUAGCCCUGGUUGUCUGACUGCUUUAUGUUUCAUCAAUGCUUUUAGUUGCCAUUUCUAGAAAUAUUGGUAACACAAGACACCCCUUUUUUUAUUUAAAAAAACAAACUAAAGCAUUUCAGUAAAUUGGCUUAUUAUGAACCUAAGGAAAUUCUGGCGUUUUUUUCAGAAAGUAGCUUUGGUGAACGAACAUUUGGAACUGUUGUUUACCCAUUUAUUGGCAGAUGAACUGCUUUUGAGGUGUGUGUGUGUGUGUAUAUUGUAUAUUGUUUCUGAAUUUUAUCUGUGCCACUGGUUGGCCUUUCUGGGCACUAUGCAAUAGUAUUUAAAUGGCAGUGUUACCUGAAUAGACAGUUGUCUCUUCAGAGGCACAGUUUGCCGUUUAUCUCCAGCUCCCUCCUAUGGAUUGGUUUCUUGUUACAAAUAUAAACUUACUACUGUUUAUUAUAAAAUGUGCCUUUUGCUGAAAAAUCUUCAAAAGCUUAUACCUAAACAAAUACUAAUGUGUUGAAUCUUUAUGUGCUUUGAUAUUAAGUUAGUUUAUGGAACAACUGAGAAUUUGUUUACAUAAACGGUUGAACAGUUGGAAUUAUAUGUGAUAUAUUUAAGACUUUUUGAAGGAUAAGUGAAGGAUACCAGUUUAUAAUUCCUAAAAGUAUUACUUGAUGUUUACAAUGAUUUUUUUUUUUUUUUUUUUU